AUGUCGCAGUCAGAGCUCGGCCAGGAGUGGGCCCGCUGCAUGGCGGAUGUGGUUGUAAAAUCAGGAAGAAUGUGGCCAUUGGCCUUGGGUUCUGGCAGGGAGUUGGGGGUGGCCUACUCCAACUGUCAGCCUGAUUUUCAGGCUCCAUAUCUUCUACAUGGAAAAUAUGCCAAAGUAUGUACGAAAGAGCAGGAACAGUGA